CAUCUCCAUGAACUGUUCACUUCUAAAGAAAGAGAGAAAUUUCUGGGCCAAAUAUGCUUGUUUGGUUGGUCCUGCAGACUUCUCCAGGAAAUUUUACCCUUCUUUAUUAACAUGAGAAAGAUUCAUUUGACAUCUCAGUUGUUUAGUUAGAUAGUGAAUAUUGAUUGUAAUAUUUGUUUGUUUGUACAUAGAUUUUCUUGAAUCUAUGACUUCAGAAGGCGCAGACAAAGAGUUGCAUCAGUUUUAUUGUCAUCUACUACUGCAUAAAGAUAAAUCUCACCGUUUAUCACUUUCUCUUUAUAAGAAGAAAGGAAAAGUAUGAAGAAAGAAGAAUUAUCAUAAACAUUGUUAAGCCAUGGCAGCUCAAAGGAUAUCUUCUCUAAUCAUGCGCUCUUUCUCUGCUAGUUAUGCGCCUCUUCUUCUAUCUCUAGGAAGGAAUCCUAGCAGGGGAAGAAGCAUAUACAGGUUUAGUACUGCAGCAGUAGCUGAGGAACUAAUCACACCACCUGUUCAGAUAUCCUACACACAACAUUUGAUCAACGGUCAAUUUGUCGAUGCAGCAUCUGGGAAAACAUUUCCUGCAUACGACCCUCGAACUGGAGAGGUAAUUGCUCAUGUGGCUGAAGGUGACGCCGAAGAUAUAAACAGGGCAGUAGCUGCUGCUCGCAAAGCAUUCGAUGAAGGACCAUGGCCUAAAAUGAUCCCUUAUGAAAGAUCGAGGAUACUCUUGCGUUUUGCUGAUUUAGUUGACAAGCACAAUGAUGAGCUUGCAGCUUUGGAGACAUGGAAUAGUGGGAAGCCUUACGAACAAUCUGUCAAAUCUGAGGUACCGAUGCUGUCACGUCUAUUUCGCUACUAUGCUGGCUGGGCAGACAAGAUUCAUGGGCUAACAGUUCCAGCAGAUGGUAAUUACCACGUACAAACAUUGCACGAGCCUAUUGGAGUCGCAGGACAGAUAAUUCCGUGGAACUUUCCUCUAAUCUUGUUCGCUUGGAAAGUCGGUCCUGCAUUAGCUUGUGGUAAUACUGUUGUUCUUAAGUCAGCAGAACAGACACCUCUUACUGCACUUUAUGCAGCAAAGCUUUUCCUUGAGGCUGGUCUUCCUUCGGGUGUUCUGAAUGUGGUUUCAGGAUAUGGUCCUACUGCUGGGACAGCCCUUGCGAGUCACAUGGAUGUAGACAAGCUUGCGUUCACAGGAUCAACACAAACUGGUAAAAUAGUACUUGAGUUGGCUGCAAAAAGUAAUCUCAAGCCAGUUACAUUAGAGCUUGGAGGAAAAUCACCCUUUAUUGUCUGCGAGGAUGCUGACAUUGAUAAGGCUGUGGAGCUUGCACACUUUGCUUUAUUCUUUAAUCAGGGUCAGUGCUGCAGCGCUGGGUCUCGGACCUAUGUACACGAGCGUGUAUAUGAUGAGUUUCGUGAGAAAGCAAAGGCCCGCGCCAUGAGGCGAGUUGUUGGCGAUCCUUUUAAAAAUGGUGUGGAACAGGGUCCUCAGAUUGACUCGGAGCAGUUUCAGAAAGUCCUUAGGUAUAUAAAAUCUGGUAUUGAAGGCAAUGCUACUCUGGAAUGUGGGGGUGAAAGGUUUGGCUCAAGGGGCUACUUUAUCCAGCCCACUGUUUUCUCAAAUGUUCAGGAUGAUAUGCCGAUAGCGCAGGAUGAGAUCUUUGGUCCAGUGCAAUCAAUCUUAAAGUUCAAGGAAGUCGAUGAAGUAAUACGAAGGGCGAAUACUACCCGCUACGGUUUAGCUGCCGGAGUGUUCACGAAGAAGAUUGAUACAGCGAACACAAUGUCAAGGGGACUGAAAGUAGGAACAGUGUGGGUGAACUGCUUUGGUGUGUCUGAUGCAGCAAUUCCUUUUGGUGGAUAUAAGAUGAGUGGCAUAGGCAGGGAGAAGGGUAUCUACAGCCUUAACAAUUACUUGCAAGUCAAAGCAGUUGUUACUCCUUUAAACAAUCCUGCCUGGUUAUAACUUCUUUUCCAAGCAAAAUCCCGUCUCGACCCAAAUCGAGCACAUGGCUGCCACGUGGGAUUUGAAUAACCUACAUUGGCUAUCCGGAGAAAGAAGAUGAGGCAGUGCAGAAGUGUUUGUUGUAUACCCUUGUAAUUAGAUGUAAUGACUUUUUGGAUGUAUUUAGUUGUUGAAUUAUAAUCACGUUAUUGUCUAUGGCUCUAUAUGUAAAUGUUUGGACCUGCAGACUUCUCCAGGGUUACAAUUUGCAUUUCUGUGAGAAAUCAAUGACAAAAUUUGUUCUCUCC